AUGGCCGCUGCCGUCGCCCGCGUCUGUGAACCGGGGCACGCCGGCGUGGAACUCCUGCUCGCGCCUCGCGCCCUGGUCCCGGCUCCCUCGACCACCUCGUUCACCCCCUCCGGGGCCCACAUUGCCAUUCUCGACUCGAGCUUCAACCCGCCCACGCUGGCGCACAUUGCCAUGGCCUCGACCCUGUUCCCACCACCCGACCCAGGCGCAUACACUGCCCGCUUGCUGCUGUACUCGGCGCGCAACGCCGACAAGACGCCGAAACACGGCGACGCGGCGCCCGCGCAGCGCGCCGAGAUGAUGCUGCUCGCUGCGCGCAGCGUGGGACCGGCGGGAAGCGGUGGAUCUGGCGCGGGAGUAGGCUCUGGCACAGGGGUGGCGCUCGUGAGCGAGCCGACGUUCGUGGCAAAGUCCACAGCCCUCGUCCAGGCCCUGUCACAACAACAGCAGCAACAACAGAAAGGCACACCACCGCCGGCACUCACCUUCCUCGUCGGCACCGACACGCUGGUGCGUAUCUUUGAUCCCAAGUACUACCCUGCGUCGGGGCUCGGUGCGGCGCUGGACGCGCUGUUCGCGCACGCGUGGCUCGUGUGCUGCGCGCGCGGCACGGCCGACGAGCUGCGCGAGCAGGACGCGCUGCUUGCCCGUCCCGACGUGGCGGUGUGGGUCCGGCAGGGCAAGAUCCGCCUCUUGCCUCCUCUGCAGGGGUACGAGGACAGGUAG